AUGGCCAAGUUUCAGGUCUUGUUUGGAUUGGUAGUGUUCAUCACUCUUUCCGUUCAAGCCAUGAGCCGCGAUUGGCAACAUGCAAGUGCAACGUUUUACGGCGACAUGCAGGGAGGAGAAACCAUGCAGGGAGCUUGUGGAUAUGGUGAUCUCUUCCAACAAGGUUAUGGUCUGGAGACUGCAGCUCUAAGUACACAACUGUUCAACGAUGGACAUUCUUGUGGUGCUUGUUUUGAGAUCAUGUGUGUCAAUGAUCCACAGUGGUGCAAAGCCAAUGCAGUCAUCAAAGUCACAGCAACAAAUUUCUGUCCACCGAAUUGGGUUCCAGCUCCUGAUCAUUGGUGCAACCCUCCACGCAAACACUUCGACUUGUCCAUGGCUAUGUUCACAAAACUCGCAGAAUCCAGAGCCGGGAUCAUUCCGAUUCAAUAUCGCCGAAUCCCAUGUGUAAGACAGGGAGGGAUUAAGUUUGAGCUUAAGGGGAACCCCUACUGGACUACUGUUGUGGUUUAUAAUGUUGCUGGUAAUGGCAUUGUUAACCACGUUGCAAUUAAGGGGUCUAACUCUGGUUGGAUUCCAAUGAAGCGCAUUUGGGGAGAAGUUUGGCAGACUAAUGUACAACUAGUCGGGGAAAGCUUAUCGUUCCGAGUCUCUGCUGGAGAAGGGGAUGUGCUUUGGUUAGAAAAUGUUGCACCAGCGAAUUGGCAAUUCGGUCAAACCUACGAGGGGCAUGGAAAUUUUAGGACAUGAGCUGAAACGUUUGCUUAGUCUUGUCUUGGUUAUCUGAUUUUUUUACCCUUUGACAUCUUUUACUUAUUUAGCUACAGGCUUCAUGUAAUUCAGAUUUGUCAGUACUCGGUAAUAAAGUGUUGUUAUUC